GCCAUAACAGCCUGUGUUAUAUUAAUUUUGAGGAUUUUUGAUGUUGAAAUUCAUUAAACUCCGUCAGCUUUUUCAAGUCGUUGAUGAUUAGAAAAGAGUGAAAAAGUUGAAAGUGGAUUAAAUGAACGAACAUGUUGCGCUGAUGCUUUGCAAUUUCUACUUGCUCUUCGGAAAGGUUUCGCGAAAGUGGCUCCACGAUACCCUCAGUUAUAACUUAUUAGGAUGCUUGAUUACAUGUGAUAUAUUUCAAAUAACGGCAAAAUGAAUCAAACGUCCUUCGCAGAUUAUUAAAUACGAUUAUGAUAGAUCUAAAGAACAGAGUGUGAUGGAUUCAAGUGAAGGACGAUUAUUCAUUGAAGAUAAAGAUGAAGAGCUUCCUCCUCUUUAUGAUGCAGUUACAGAACAAAAUGACGCAGAUAAUAAGUCGUUUUGGACUUGUUGUGUAAUCAAUCGAACCUUAUUGCCAUUUAAAGCAUUUUAUUAUUUCUUUUAUGGAGCUAUAGGAUCUCUUUUUCCUUUUCUUGCACUUUACUACAAGCAUCUUUGGCUUUCUCCUACACAAACAGGUGUUCUCGUUGGCUUAAGACUUUUCGUUCAAAUGUUUACAACACCAUUGUGGGCAGUACUGGCUGACAGAUUCCACGCAAAGAAAAUUGUCUUAUUCAUUGGUCUUUGUGGCUGGCUCUUUGCAAAUACUUCGAUUUUAUUGGUUCCUCCUGGAAGAAAGCCAUUAAGCUGUAGUGAAAACUCAAAUAAAACAUACUUACAAAAGAGAUUAUUUCCAUUGUCUACUUCAAACGACUUUAAUGGAAGUGAUCAAAAUGAUAAACAUUUAUUACCAAAUGUAAAGAAUCAUCCUGCAUUUGCCAUCAAAUAUGACUCACUUGUUGCCUCAGAAAUUGAAAAUUUUGAUGAAAAUUCAAACCUUGAUAUCAAACGAUCAUUUUUCAGCAAAGGUAGGGAAAGUCGUUCUAUCGAUACUCGGCAUACUUUCUUCUAUCUCUUCAUCAUCAUUUUUGUUGGCAAUCUGUUCUCUGCUCCCGCACAAACUAUGGCAAACACAGCAAUGCUGCAAACACUUGAAGAUGACAGUCAUAAAUAUGGUAUUCAAAGAUGUUUUGGUUCGAUUGGAUGGGGAGCUUCUGCGUUUUUAGUUGGCAUGCUCGUGAGUAUGAAUCAUGACAGAAGACUUGCUUGCACCUGGCUUGAUGACAUCAAUUACACUCCGUGCUUCUAUGCGUUUGGUGCGUUUAUGCUUUGUGCGUUGUUCGUUGCAACGACUUUCAAGUAUAAGAAAGAAAACGAUAGAAAAAAAACUGAUAAAAAAUCUUCGAUAUCGGUAGACUGUCGUCAAAUGGACUAUUUGACAAUGUUUGUCUGUUUCGUUGUAUUUAUUGCUGGUUUCAAUAUGGGAUUUAUUCAAACUUUCUUGUUCUGGCAUUUGCAGUCACUAGGUGGUAACCAACAUCUUUUCAGUAUCAUACUUGCUUUUAACGCCAUUGGCGAAAUGAUUGGUUUCAUCCUGUCAGUCAAACUUAUUUCAAGGUUUGGUCAUCUAAAUGUAUUGGCUUUGGGAAUUUUCGCGUAUGCAGUGCGUUGCACUGUUUAUGGCAUAGUUAAAAAUGCCUGGUUGGUUUUAUUCGUUGAAUAUCUAAAGGCAUUUACAUCUUCAGCCGUGUGGUCAGCUGCAAUGUCUUAUGUAGGUGACACGAGUACUACAGGAUCCUCGUUGUCCUCUAUUGUACACACCUUGUACUGGGGGCUUGGUUAUGGGGGAGGAAGUAUAUUAGGUGGAGUAUUUAUGCAAGUAUUGGAAGCAAGAACAACAUUUCUUGGUUUAGCUGUCAUCAGUCUUCUUGUAGUAAUUCUCAUCUUGAUGAUUAAUCAUCAUAAUUGUUGUCCAAAAAGAAAAAGAGAAGUUUACUUACCAGUUGGAAGUGAAGAAGAAGAAGAUGGGGACAAUUAGAUAAAAUUCGAAUUCUCGAAAGAGGAGAAUAAUAUAUAGAGGUAGAAUAUACAUAGCAAUAGCAGAUAUUAAAAUAUGACUAUAAAAAUAUUCACAUAAAGGGAAUAAAAUAUUGCUGUAUUUACAGUGUGCUUUUUGUUUUGA